GCUAGAGACGCGUCAUCAAGCAAACAUGGCUGCGUCCUAAAAACAUUAAUGGUUUUCUACUCAUAUUUCAUUUUUCCACUUUUACUACUAGGAAACCGAUUGUUUCGAACAAAACAGUCGCGUUUAAAACAUUAUAAAGUAAAUACGUUAGCGGGCUAAUAACACGAAACUAAUAAAAGCAGCUGUCAACGAGAAAUAAUUUGUUCGUUUAAACCUCAAUGGUGGAAUAUGGAAGCAGUGCAGUCACCUCUCAGAUUUCCAUUUUCCGUUUUAAGGACUGAGAUUUACUCACGACACCUGUGAUUCAUCCAGAGGAACUUAAAGAGGGCAAACGACCAUUUAGUUCCUCGGUUGGUUUAUAAAAGCGAUGUUUAGUCCUGUGAAGUCAUCUUAUUCCAGGGUGAGCCCAUUGAUCGUUAAUCGGGAGCUAGGGAAGACCAAGAUGAGAUAGCAAGAGGUGAAACACUUUCUUUUCACAGUAAACGAAACUCGGUUCUCUAAAGACCAGGAGGUUUACCGAUACUAAGCUUUACAAGGCAGCUGCGGUCAUGUUUGGAGAUCUGUUUGAGGAGGACGGGGAUGGUUUUUCCUCCUCUACACCUGGCACAGGUGUGAAGGGGAGAGAGUCUGAGCCUCCUCCACCCAGAGGGAAAGUCAAACUCUGUGGGAUCAAGAAUCAGGGUGGCACCUGUUACCUCAACUCCCUGAUACAGACUCUACUCUUCACACCAGAGUUUAGGGAGGAGCUGUUCCGUCUCGGACCGGAUGAAUUAGGGUGCCUGGCUGACAAGACCAAACCAGAGGCAAAGGUCCGCGUGAUUCCUCUGGAGCUACAAAGACUGUUUUCUCGUCUGUUGCUGGUGGAUGAACAAACGGCCUCCACGACAGACCUGACGGACAGUUUUGGCUGGACGAACAAUGAGGAAAUGGGUCAGCAGGAUGUGCAGGAGCUGAACCGGAUCCUGUUCAGUGCUGUGGAGAGCUCCUUAGUGGGCACUUCAGGCAGCAGUCUUAUCCACCGGCUGUACCAUGGGACGCUUGUCAACCAGAUCACCUGCAAGGAGUGCGGCAAUAUUAGUGAGAGACAGGAGGACUUUCUGGACCUGACCGUGUCAGUGCGAGGUGUGAGUGGACUGGAGGAGGCGCUGUGGAACAUGUUUGUGGAGGAGGAGAUGUUUGAGGGUAAUAAUCUCUACCGCUGCAGCAGAUGUGACCGGCUGGUUAGGGCUGCUAAGUCUGCUAAACUGAGAAAACUUCCACCAUUCCUGACCAUUUCUUUGUUGAGGUUCAACUUUGACUUUGCCAAGUGUGAGCGCUACAAAGAGACCGGGAGCUACACUUUUCCUCUUGAAUUCAACCUCAGAGCAUUUUGUGAGCAGAGCAACUGGCCGGACUCUGAGUAUUCGUAUGAGCUCUUCUCUGUCAUCAUACAUAAAGGAGGCUGUUAUGGAGGUCAUUAUCAUGUCUAUAUCAAAGACAUUGAUCAGCUUGGCCACUGGGAGGCACCGGAGGAAGAGGUGAAAAUAAAGGCGAAGACCCAGAGACGAGAGGCCAAAGUUGAGGAAAGAAAGAAAGAGAGUGAGAACUGUGUAGACACUGAGGAUCCGCUCUCUGUUCUUACUGGCAUUCUGGCUCAGGAGGAGUCAAAAUGUGUGCUUGUAGAUCAGCUGGGACAAAAGCUGAUGAAUAAAACCGGCACGGCAUGGAGCAAAAAAUAUAAAAAACAGUAUGGCACCAUCAGCAAGUUUCUUCAGAGCCACCCAAAUGUCUUUAUGCUGGUCUCCAAUGGAACCCGUGUAACUCUGAAAAAUGCUGUUCCUGCGGCAACAGAACCCAGUCCAACAGAACCAGUCCGUUCUACUUCAGCCAAAAGCAGCACAGAGAUCAUAGAGCCAGAAACAGCAGGAGACACUGAUGGAUGUCAUUGGUUUGAUUUGAAUGAUUCCACUGUGACAGCCAUUACGGUGAAGGACAUCGAGAAGCAGUUUCAGGGAAAAGAGAGUGCCUACAUGCUCUUUUACAGGAAGACAACUAUGGAAAGACCUCCAGAGGCCAUAGGAAACCCUGCAUACAAAGUUCCUCCUCACCUGGUGGAGAUGGUACAAGAGGAGAAUGCAAGAGUUCAGCAGAGGAGAGCUGAGUUUGAUGCCAGCAGCAACAGCAUUGAAGUGAGACUGCAUUUGGCCCCUCAUUAUCACUGCCAAAAUGGAGCCCUACACCCCACAGCCCCAAACGAAGACUCUAUUAUCACAGUCACCUUUGACCGCAGAAAGACUGUGGGAGACCUGCGAUUGGCCAUCUAUCAGAUGCAGGAUCUUUGGGAAGGAGACAUGGCAUUGACUUUGGCUAAGAAUGUGCCAGCUGGGUUACAUUUGUAUGAUACUCUGACAGAUGACCAGAUGUCUCUUUAUAGUGCAGGAGUGUGUCAUGGCUCGGAUCUCUUUGUGUGGAAUGGAAGAGAGGUCAAUGGUGUGGUGGUGCAAACUGGGAUCGAAUGGGAGCCUGUUUUGUUGACUGUGUUGCGUCCCUCUGCAGAGGAGCUGGGAUGUGGGGAUGGGUCAGGGGUCGGAGACACUGAUGGAUCUGGUCUGGUGCGUUCCAUGAAGGGCUUUGCUGGUGGGGCCACUCUGGGUACAGUGCUCGAGGCUCUAGGGCCCCAAAAGGCCUUUUUGUGCCAGGAGCAGAGCCGUCCAGGGGCCAGUGGGGGCGGUGCCAGUGGCUGGAGGGUUUUUCCACCUCAGGACAUGCAGAGGACACUGAGAGAGCUUUCUCUGAAGGACGGUGAUGCUCUACUGCUGCUACAGCCAGAAGAACUAGACAGCAGUAUCUUCAGCCUCAGUGGUGACGUAGUUACCGUGACAACGCCCUCAGACUGCCGCUGGCUGCAGGUGGAGUUUUGCCCACAGAGUGGAAUGAAAGAGGAAGAGGAGGAGGAGCAGGGGAAGAAAAGGAGUAAAGUCUCAGCUUCAGGGAACAUGCUGCUGGCGGAGGUGAAGGAAAAAGCUCUUGAGGAACUUCGCCUACAGGAUGAGCUCAGUGGUGUUGAGUGCUGUCUGAGGCAAAUGGAUAGAAGUGGAAAACUUUUACCUCCAGUGCAUGAGCAUUUGAGUGUUCGGGAUGCGGGGAUCAGGCUGAUGACUUCACUCUACCUGUGCCCUGGACCAGUACCAACAGCAACACAGUUGUUCUUGUACUUUAGCAUUGGUCUCGCACCGUCAGUCGGUCAGGAGUUGGAGAUUAUUGUAGAGGAGUCUCUAACUGUGAAAGAGUGCCUUAAGGAAAUGUUGCAGAUGGCGAGGCUUGAAGGUGAGUCAUGGCACUUAAGGAGAGUGGACUGGUGUGAGGAGAUUGGAGAGCCACUUAUGGAUGAGAAUGCAUCUCUGAAAGAGGCAAAGGUCAUUCAUGGGGACACACUGGUGCUGGUGGAGGGACGGCUGCCUCCAAAGGGUUACCUCAAGCUGUCUGUGAGGAUGUAUAUGGACAUGAUCGAUAGCUCCAGUGUUCCAGAGCUGAACCACACAGCAGAGUCUCAGAGCAUUGAGGGACUCACCACAGAGUGGUCUGGAUCAGAGAUGAAAUUCAUUGGUUAUGUGGAGAUAUCAGAGGAGGCUUCGCUUGAUGACCUCAAGACUCAGGUGAUGACUCUGCCGGCACUUCAGGAUGUGUGUGUGCCCAGCCCUGCGUUCCUGCGUGUAUGGCAGCUAGAGGGCAAGAAACUGUCCAGGAUACUCAGAGGAAACCCGCAGACCCUCAGGAAACUGAAGCUGGGGAAUGGUGCGGAGGUGUGUAUUCAGAGACUGAUGAAAGAGGAAGACCUGGGGCUGAAGGAUUUAUUGCUGAGGGUUCAGAUGGGGGUGCCAGGAGAGAAGGCAUAUUAUCCCUCUGAGGAGUUUUUGUGGGACGCAGGGAGGGACGGCACCCCCCGGGGCCUGUACGCUGCUCUGGCCUCCCAAUACGGUCUCACUCCUGACAACCUGCUCCUGGCUAAACACCUGCCUGACAAACACACCUGGAUGCCCAUUUCCAACUGGACUCAACAGGUCUCAAAAAGGAAGAAGAAGAGGAAAGCUGAGAGUCUCCAGGCAGCCCCUUUCUACCUAAAAGAUGGAGAUAUUAUAGGUAUCAAGAAUCUGCUGAUAGACAAUAAUAAAGAAUUCACGACUCUGGAAGAUGAGAUUGGUCAGCAGAGACUCAGGGAGGAAGCAGCAAAUCUCAACACAAGGGGACGUACUGCCACUGGAGAAUGUUCACAAGACAGUGGGUCCAAGAAGUCGGGCUCAACUAAAAACAGGAAACCAGAGGUGGCCUUAUCGAUCAAUGUGGGAGUGUUCAGGUAACACAUCCUGUGACCAGCCACCUCAGAGCUGCCCAGUGGUCUUCAAAACCACCACUAAACUGGCCACUAAGGUGCCAUGGCAGAAUCUGCCCCACUGAGUCACAGUUACCCAAACUCAAGACAAUGUGACAGAGCUGAUCCAAAAAAUAUUUUCAAGUGGGAAUAUCAUCUUCAAUCAUUGAGAUUUCUUGAAGCUUCUACACUUUUUUUUUUUUUUUUUUUUUUUUUUUUGCCCUUUUAUAUGCAAUUCAUUCCUGGAGCAGAUCUCUGUACCCUAGGGUGUUACAACUGUUGUCUUUUUUUUUUUUUUUUUACAUAAUCACAAUACUGUAUGGAAAAUGUUUUACACAGAUAUCCUUAAUUAUGUGCAGUUAUGUACCAUUUAUAAUGCUUUAAUUCACACAAAAAUUAAAUUCUGCAAUUAUUACUCACCCCCAUAUCAUUCCAGACUGUAAAUUAGGCUGUUAUUCAGUCAUAUUCCUGUUUACCAAAGCUUACAUCUAACCUGUGUUCUCAUCAAAGUACAAAACUUCAUCAUUGACUGAACGUAAUGCACAUUUUUUAGGUCUGGGUGAAAAUGCAAGCAAGAUGCAUGUUUCAGUUCAGAUUAUCAGUAAAUAACUAUUUACAUUUUCACAAAGUUACAUUAGUUUAUAUCUUGUAAUUCUGAUUCCCCCCUCUGAAUUUUAAGAUAUAAACUCACAAUUCUCAGAAAUAAAUUUGCAAAUCUUUUUUACAUUCUACAAAUCUGACUUUUUUCACAGAAUUGUGAGACGUAAACUUGCAAUUGCGAGUUAUAAAGUUAUAAUUCUGACAUGUUCUCGCAAUUGCGAGGGGUAAAAAAGUCAGAAUUGCGAGUUUAUAUCUUUUUUUUCUAUAUCUUCGGACUUUAUUUCCCAGAGUUGCGUCUUUAUCACUCGCAAUUGCAAGUUUAUAUCUCGCAAUUUUGACUCCAUAACUCACAAUUGCGAGUUUAUAUCUCAAUUCUAAGAAAAGAAAUCGCGGGUCAAUUGUGAGGUGUAAACUCGCAUUUGCCAGAAAAAAAGUCAGAAAUUGGAGAUUAAAAGCUGCAAUUAGCUUUUUUUAGUUUUUAAACUAAACAUACUUGCAUAUGAAAGUGAGUGAAUAAUGACAGAAUUUUCAUUUUUGGAUGAACUAUUCCUUUCAUCUUUUCAGACUGGUCAUAUUAGGUCAAACAUGAUUAAAAUAUAACAAUUCUCCUCCAUGUUAGUAGUCUCAGCCACCUUCUCAGAACAUGGCAGUUGAGUAUUUUCCAUCUUUUCCAUUUGAGGUCGUAAAAUGUGUUUAACUACAAAUGGUUCCAUGUUGAGUGUGUGCUAAUAGUUCACAGAAGUCUUUAAACCUAUUUGACCAAUCACCUCUCCCACUGCCACCUGCAGGAAAUCAGCUGGGUGUGCUGAAUUAAUGCAGAAAAGAGAAAGAAAUACUGGUCUAUAAACAGAAAAAUUUUAGCUCUCUACAAGCCUUUUUAAUGAGAAAUCGACAAGGCUAUAAUACUGCAUAUUCUUGUUAUUGUAGUUGCACAAACAAGUAAAAAGAAAAUGCUCUCCUGAAUCAGAGACAUGGAAAUCAGGGAUGUAUAUCUAUGUUUGUUUCUGUUGCUGUUUUUUUCUGUUGAGAAGAAAAUGGAUAUACUGUUUUGAACUGAAAUGGUUCAGAGCACAAAAUCAACUUUAAGUACAUUUAAGAAACCAUUUCCUUUACAAAUGAACUGCAUGUUUAGUUAAAUAUUGUUUGCCUUGUUUCCAAUAAAAAAGUAAUGUUCCAUAGUACUGUAUUUAUAAGAUGACAACGUUCAACAUGCAUUGUUGAGCAUAAAUGCCAAAUUAGUUUCAACUAUUAA